AUGUCUCCUCAGGCUGAGGGCGCGUACAAUUCUGCAGGUGAUAGGAAUGGGAUGAACGAACCCACUCAAGCAGGGCACCAUUCCCCACACGCUGGUUAUCCGGACAGAGUUCAUAGGGCAGGCUCUUCAGACUUACCUGUGGAGCUCAUCCAGGCGAUUUUCGACCGCACGUUCCCUCCUCAUUACUUACUUGACCCAGCACUGGAGCAGGGCCCAAACUCUCCCUGGUGCCGAACCCUACGGGACAAGAAAUCUGCGAUGCUAGUUUGCAGUUCCUGGAGAGACGUCUGCGUGCCGCUUGUGUACGAGCAUGUAUCUCUGAGGAGCGUCGGCCAGCUGGUCGCUUUUCUCAGGACGCUCAAAGGCUCGAGCCUCUAUGAUCUCAAGAAAAUCGUAAAGUCUGUCGCAAUAGUUUGCUCAGUCCCUGAUGCAUGCAAGAACGCGGUCCAAUCUUCAGCCGUGGACAUACUGGCGAUGUGUUCCGAAGUCAAAGGGUUCACUUACUCGCCAUUCCUGGGAGCCCACACCGAUGACUUCUAUGACUCGCCCGAGACUAUUGGCAUCGACCAACAUUUACCCUCGUCCAUUACUUCCCUUGCUCUUGGCCGGCACGUUCCUGCGUCGAUUUCUGUGUUCCAAUGCUUGGGCCGAAUGCCCCUCCUCAGCGAGCUCUCCUUGUACGUUGGUGAGGGGGACUUUCCCACUUCCGACGACUCACACAAUAUACCGGAAAUCGAGCUGCCUAACUUGCACACUCUUUCCUUGAGUCUGGAGCGGCCCUUCCGUUUGCAGAUUAUCCAUCGGUUAUCCACUCCAUCUUUGACUCGCCUCUCGCUGACCCUCUCCAAGCCCAACAUGUAUCAGACAGGCACUCUGUUCACAGAGCUCUGCGAUAUUGUGGCUAACAAAGGCCGAUCACUGCAGUAUUUGGCAUUGGAAAUGUGCAUAAUGAAUAUGAGCAUCGCGGAACUCAUCCAGCACUGCCCCAUGCUGGAGCAUUUCGUGCUGUCCGGUCGAGCAAGCCUCACAGGCAGCCAUCCUACCCUGAGAUUUCUCGACAUAUGCAAUGGCACCAUUGGUCUCGUCGGAAGUGGGCCUGACCUCGACUACUGGUUUCGUGAACUUUGGCUAGGCCGACUCGACGUCAGUUACUUGCGCGCCUCAUACCCCAAUCUGCAGAGCGCAAGGGUCCUGGAUUUUGCACUCUACCAUAUUCCCGGCCUCUUGGACGCCUUGCCUCCCAGGCUCGGAGAUGCUGAGGGAAAUCUGAGACUUCGCUUGCUAGACAUGGUCAUAUGGGACACCCCUAAUCUCGUCAUUGCCGAACAGACCGUGGCCGAAUAUGGCCUUUCAACUUCCGGUGACCUCGAGGCACUACUCCCGCAAGUUCUCGAAGGUCUCGGACAAAAUGCUAGCGAGUACUCGGAUGAUCUGGAAGACAGCACGUACGAGCCAUCCGGUAGUCCCUCAUCCGUGACAUCGUAUUCGUUGACAGGGUCAGGUGGUAGUCAUGAACCGGAAGCAGAGUAUCUGGAUGCAGAGGAGAUAUUGUCCAUCUUCAACGAGCUUCAGUCGCUGCCUAGGCGGGAGAGUCAAGGCGAAGUAGACGCUGACUCUGACGGUCCCUGA